UAAAUCAAGAAUCAACAUUAAUAUCAACGUACUCCGCAUACGUAGUGUUGUAAUCCGUUCGUUUGGUAUUGUUGUCGAGUAACCAAGAUAUUUUGAAAAUUAAUAAUUAGAAAUAUGGAAACUGCCGUGGAAGAAACUGUAAAAGAUAGCAUUGAUAUUGAACCACUGCAAAAAAAUGGCGAAGAGAAAGCUCCUACACCUUCCAUCCAAGACCCACCCAAAAAGUCUAAAAAGGAAGACCGCAACAAGAAGGAUGAUAAGAAUGUUGAGCAGUUCAUGAAAUCACUGAACUCGGUACCCAGUCUUGAAGAGAAACUGUCUCUGGUCUGUAAGAAAUAUGUGCAGACAGCGGAUGAUAAUAAAAAGUUGCAGUUUUAUAUCAAGCAGUCUGAUAAACGGUAUGCUAUCUUGUUGAAAGAGAAAGAACAAUUGCAACAUGAGUUCAACAAGACCAUCCUCGUCAAGUCUAAAUUGGAGAGCCUCUGCCGUGAGCUGCAGAAACAGAACAAGGCCAUCAAGGAAGAGUCCCUACUUAAGAUCCGCGAAGAGGAGGAACGCCGUAAGGAGACUCAGGCCAAGUUCCAGAACACGCUCACCGAGAUCACCACUCUCCUGCAGCAGAACAAUGAGAAGAACGCCAAGCUGAGAGAUGACAACAUCAGCAUGACUGAGAAAUUCAAGAGUGUCGUGCAGCAGUAUCAGCUGAGGGAACAGCAAGUUGAUAAAAUGGGAAAGCAAAUGGCACUAGAGUCUCAGCUGUCAGAUGCUAAACUCCAGAAAGCAGCCUUAGAACACCAGGCAGAGAAGGAAAGGCUGCUGGCAGAGAUGGAACACCUGAAGGUCACGGUGGCUCAGUGCACGGCCAAGAUCAUGGAACUGCAGGGGACAGAGACAGCUUUGAGGGGUCAACUUGGCGUGUACACGGACAAGUAUGACGAGUUUCAGAACGCUCUAGUGAAAAGCAACCAAGUGUUCGGAGGGUUCAAGGAACAAAUGGAGAAGAUGUCAAAGAAAAUCAAGAAGCUAGAAAAGGAAUCGCUUUCCUGGAAGAAGCGCUGGGAGACUUCGCAAACAGCCCUGUUGGACAUGUGUGGCGAGCGGCAGGCUAGCGAGGAGCGAGCUGCGGCCGCCAGUCGGCAGUUACUGCAUAUGCAGAGCCUGUGCCGUACACUACAGGCUGAGCGCACGACGCUGCUGGGCACGCUGAAGGAGCACAACAUCGAGCGUCCGCCGCUGCCCACGCCGCCGCCGGCGCCGGCGCCGGCAGCAGCGCCCGCACCCGCGCCCAGCAAGCAGACCAACGACAAGGUUGACAAAAUGGCGGCAAACUGCGCACAACUUCGACAGAGCCUCGUGCACCUCCAAAGCCAGCUGAACACCCUCACCAACAACAAGAACGGCGUCAAGGAAGACCCGCCCAAAGCAGACAAACCUAAGAAACAAAAGUCUAAAAAGAAAGCCGAAAAACAGUCACAAGAGGCCACCAGUUCUAUAGAAGCCACCGAGGAACCAGUGAGAGAUGAUAAUAAAGAACCCUCAGAAGAACCCACAACCAAUGAUGAUUCAAUCCAGAACGACAUACAUAGCUUAGAAGAAAAAAUAGACGAGAAAGCCAUGGAAACCCUAAUCCAAGCUAUAAGCAACGCUAACAUAAACCUCCACGAUUUAUCAGUAGAUGAAAAUAAUGAGCAAGUGGAUAUUGAAAAGGUAAUAGAUGGAUCACACAAUGAUAUCGCCAACACAUCGAAUGAUGAGGUGUCACAUAUAACCGAAGUGAAACCUAUAUCGAGUGCGUAAUCCAUACAAAGUGUGUACGAACGCAAUUUGGGAGGAGUGAUCAGUGUUCUGUAAUUUUUAUUCUUUCACCAGGUGCUGAUUCAUAAAUAGUUCUUUUGGUGCCUAUCUUAAGCACAGUAUGGGUUUCAGACAGGGUAGGACAAUCGGCGAUGCUUAUGAAUUAAAUUUUCUCUCUUAUCACACAAUCCCAGCCUGUUGCCCUAAACUUUCUGGAACGCGUUUCUUAUAAUGAGUGCACAUUUACCAAAAUUGGUCGCGAUGACAUUAUAGUUGUCGAAAAUCGAGCUAUAAUCUAGCGUAAAAGGCCUCUGAUCUGACAAAAAUCAAGGUACUAUUUUAUUUUACGAUUGGUAUUGAUGACAAGAUUCUGAUAAAGCUAAAGAAAUCACGAACCUACAUAAGUAAUGGUUAUAACUAUAAGUCGAAAUCUUAUUCGACUCCGCAGCAUCUGAAUAGAAUCAACAGACGAAUUAAUGUUACAUUACAGUACUUAAUUUAACAUGUGUUUAGUUAAAUCGGAGAACGCUAAACAGUUGCUGUUUUAAAUUAGCUUGCAUGGGUGCAUUUAUUUUCACAUGAGAUCUAGAUGGGUAACAUACAAUUUUGUUCUACCAUAAGGAAUAAAUUUAAAACAUGUAAUUUUUUUAAAAUAUGUCAAUAACUUCCGAUUUUGCUAGAACAUGUAUGGAAUAGUGUGCAAUAAAGCGCACAUUUCGAUUUUUGUGUGAUUAGUUAUAUAUAUAUAUAUAGGUUAUUAGUUAUCUACAACUCAAAAGUAUUUGAUUCAAAAGUGCCUAUAACGUCUCUAGUCAGGAUAUCGGUAUUCUACCAUGUACAGAAUACAUUAUACACUUUGACAAUUUUACUUACGAAGCACUUAUGCUCUGGUACGCCCAUUUUGUUCAGUCUAAAAAUGCGACAGGUUUGAAUUUUGCGCCUUUUUCUACUGGCAAAGUGUGUGUGCCAGAGUAUAGAGAUUUCCAUUAGAAGACCUUAUUAACUUUUAAUAAGGCUUACGAAGUGGAUAACAUAUUCCUAAGAAGUCUUCCUAAGGGUUCUGUCUGAAGAGUUAAUCUUUUUUGUACCAAUCGUGGUUGCUUUGCGAAAAUUCUCGAAAUUUCUCUGAAAAUUAAAAACAAAGGUUUGUAUUGUUUAUGAUUAAUGCUUUGCUAUGUCAUUUAUAUUCACAGUGAUAUAUUAUGGUAGUUUGCAUAUUUCCAUUUAAGUAUUCUUCUGUUUGAUAGUAUUUGUACGAUAAAUUAAAGGGUCUUUGACAACACAUUAUAGACUAUUUAAUGCAAAUAGAGAUCUGGCUGGGCCAUACUCUCUUAAACCAAGAUAUCCUCAAAUGUAUUAAUAAUGGUAGAUAUCUUCUGCAAAUUCUCAGUUACACUGUUCAGUCGGCCUCACCAAAGUGGCAAUUGUCUGCGCUGCGACAACGAAGUAAUUUGUGUCUCUCUAUCACACUUCCACAUUGGUGUGACAGUUGCGUUUCGCUCGUUACGGAGCCUUAACGAUUGUCACUUUGGCUAGGCAGACAGUAAUCAUACUGUGCCUAGAAAAGACGAUGCAUUUUCACUGACAAGCACAUUUUAGUGCCAAAAUGUUCAAAACUGCAGGGGUACAAUUAUCUAUAUUAUGUGUGAAUAAACUUAUACCUCUAUCGAGUUCAGGCAUCGACUAAUUGAUGAUGAUGAUGAAAGGAUGUUGUUGUAAUGAUCAUUAAUAUCAUUAUGAAGAAUUACUGAGGGCAACAUUUGUUAAAAACAUAGUUGUACCCAAGCG